CCCAGUUUUGGUCCAUCUGCGAAGAAAACACUUUCGAUCUCGCCCAGAACUAGAGCAGAUCCUUACUUUGGCGUGGUCCGCGACCAGCGCGACCAGCAGCUCAGUGAUCCGCCGACCAUCGUUAAGACAGCACCACGUCCGGUCGUCUGCAAAUCGAUUUUACACGUGCGCGUUACGAGAACCCACCGUGAGCAACCCCUUCGAGCUGAUUGACUGACAGCCUUUGCUCUUUUUUUUACUAUCUUUUCUGGGAUUUGGUCACUUAGGUUCGUUACUUAAACGGUUGUAUGGUAAAUUUGUAGGGGUUCUUUAGACCCUUGGACUUGAGCUGUGAUUAUUUUUAAAAUCAUCGAGAUUGGAUAGUGGUGUUGUUUAAAACUUUGAAGAUGUUGACGAUUACGUUGGUGACUGAUGAUAAUUUGUCGCAGGGUUUCCGAUCUACUUGUCUCUGCUUGUCACUGACAGUUUGCUGAGUUAAUUGGCUGUUAAAGUCUUUUGAACUGAGUUUUGGCUUUUGUGAUAUAUAAACUGUGACCUUUUUUUAGCUGGAUUUGUAAGCGAUAGUGUUUUGAACUAAGUUCCUUGCCGUUGGUUAAACGUUUUGGUUUAGCUGAAAAAAUCAAAAGAUCCGGCAAGGUUUUUGCCGGUACACUCAUGUCCACUACUGCAGACGCCCACCUAAGCCUCCUGCACCCCGCUUGGCUGCCCCGUUGCCGCCCAUACCUUUUACCCCCACCGGUUAUCAUGAGGGAAAAAGAUUCUUCGCCUAGAAAAAUGUUAGUCGCCCAGAGCGGCCAUUCGUCGCCCAAACAGGCGGCGGUCUAUCCUUUAUCGGUGAGAGUUCCUCCUCCAGAGGAAGCUCCUUUUGACCUUAGUAGAAACACUAGCAGAUCGUCUCCAGGUCCUCAUAUGAGCCCUGCUGGUAGGCCGCAUGACCAACAAGGUGAUGAGCAACCUCUGGACUUAAGGGUCGAGCAUAAAAAACUUAGUUUGAUUAUUAUGAGGCGGCAGGUCGAAGACGAAAACCGAAACAUAAUCUCACCAACCCCUAGCACCUCAAGCGAAAAAGAAGAAGUCAUUAUAGAAGACCGUACGUCACCACCUACCCCUAGCAUAUCAAAACCUCAAUUCUCUUCUCAACUUCCUGCAUACCCUGGUAUGCUUUUUCCACCUCAGCCAAUACACCCUAUGAUGCUAGAGGCGAUGUACCGAGCUCAAGGGGGUGACAAAGUACCUAGGUUACCACUACCUUAUCCACCAAGCCCUGGAUAUCCUCAGAGGUACCCAUUUUUAAGUCCUAACAUGCUUAGUCCUCCUGUAAAUAAUGUUCCUUUUGAUAUGUUAAGAAAUGCUCCUCCAGCACCUCCUACUCCUAAAGUGUUUGAUCCUACAACAGGGAAACCUAAAGAUAGAUACGCAUGUAAGUUCUGUGGCAAGGUGUUUCCUCGAAGUGCAAAUUUAACAAGACAUUUAAGGACGCAUACUGGAGAGCAACCUUAUAAGUGUCGCUACUGCGAAAGAAGCUUUAGUAUAUCAAGUAAUCUGCAAAGGCACGUAAGGAAUAUUCACAACAAAGAAAAACCUUUCAAAUGUCCUUUAUGUGAAAGAUGUUUUGGGCAACAGACUAAUUUAGAUAGACAUCUGAAGAAACACGAGGCUGAUGGUCCCACGAUUUUAGAUGAGAGAAACUUGCAGAGGAGAAACCUCAACAGAAAUAUGAGUGAGGAGUCUUAUUUUGAAGAAAUACGUUCUUUUAUGGGAAAGGUCACUGACGGAAGACUGCUGCAACACUUAAAACCUGGAGGCAAUUUCCCUCUUUCGCUACCGAAUAAAAUGUUCGACUCCAGCAAGAUGGAAAGUCCGUCAACACCUACUGAAGAGACUAAGAGGGAUUCUUCGUAUUUUUCUGAUAAAGACAAUUAUUCGUCGAGGUCAUCAACUAGCUCAGAGACAUCCAAUAAAGAUGACGACGUAACUAUGAAAUGCGAGGAAGGGACUAGUGUGAAAAAGCAAGAGGAUGAAGAUAGUAAUAACAACAAUAACGGUAGUAACACAUGAUUAAAGUGGAAUUUUUGACUGUGAUAGCUAUUUGAGUUUGGGUUGUCAUUUGGUGAAUGAUGUGAUAGUUAACGGUAUAAAAUUAAUGCAAUUUU